UCCUUACUAUAUACAUACAUAUCUGCAUCCUUUACAUCCCUGGAUCCUAUACAUGCUGCAUUCCUUACGUGCCUAGAUCCCUUACAUCUUUGCAAUCGUUACAUCCCUGCAUCCAUUAUAUCUUGGCAUCCCUUACACCUCAUCAACUCUCAUCAGACAUCCUUCCUUUGCGCCGGUUUUCACCGCUGGCUUAGACCGCCAUUUUCCUUAAAAAGUAAGCGGAGUUUCAAGUGAUUUCAAGCAGUCGAAAUUGGUCGAAAUGGAAGAAGCUAUGAAUAACUGGGUUAUUGUAUUGCAUUCAGUUUUUGAUGUUUUACAUUUUAAACCAAUAGUUGCAAAUUUAUGGGACAAAGAGACGUUUAAUAUGCAACGAAUGAAUGAAAUAAGAAUAAAAAGGUCUGAUGUACUCCUUGGAUAUCUAAUUCCAUUUUGGAUUAUUUUAUAUUUUAUGUAUGAAAAGUGCCUUAAUUCGUUACUUCGACGUAUGCGCAUUCCAUUGUUGCAAAGAAGUAGAAUAAUCGAGGCUGUGUGGAAUUGUGGAUUUUGCUUUGGUAGCAUUUGUUAUUUGAAGUCAUCUACUGUCAAGACGAUAAACUUUUUCUCUGAAGAACAAGCAGUAACUCACCAAGAGUUAGGUGUUAUUCUACAUAAAAGCUUUUACCUUCAUCGGGCAGGAGUAGAAAUCUUCUGUCACGAGGCUUGGAUAAAAGGCUGGGCCAACUUGCUGUUUGCAUCUUUUGUUAUGAAUCCAUAUCAGGAAAAAUGGUGUACAGUAGUAAGCACUUUUGUGUUUUACAAAGCAUUUGAUACUAUUGUGAUAAAUAUAUGUCGUAUUUUGUUAUGUACAUCGCACUUUAUUGGAAAAAAGCUACCUAAGUUGUUCUUUUUCCUUCAUUGUCUCAGCUGGAUAUAUUUGUACACAUUAUUUGUGCCAAAAUUAAUGUUGUGGACAGAAAGUACUAACCAUACUCGAGCAAAGCUGGGUUUGUGGCUGUGGUUUAUUGCAGAAUGCAUAGAUUCGAUGUGGUUUAGGUUAUUAUGGUGUGGAAAGGCUACACACUGGCUAGAAAUUUGUUUAUUUCCACCUCCAACACAGGAAGCAAUUGAAUUAGCAGGAAUACAAAAGCGACACAGAGAUUCAUUAAAAAAGUUAGUUAAUAGAACUUCAAAAAAAGCUGAAUUAUGGCAAACGUUAUUUUGUGCAGUAGCUAUUAAAAAGAAAAUUAAAAGAAUUCGGGAAGCAAAACAUAAUGAGACUACAUCGCUAACUGAUUAUCCAGAAAUAUUAUCUCAAACAAAUGCAAAGGAAGAACCAAUGAGAAAUGAGAAGGAAAACGAGAACGAGAACGAGAACGGGAACGGGAACGGGAACGGGAACGGGAAGGGAAACGAACAGUGAUCGCAGAGAUAAGCAAUAUAAUCAGUAUUUUACAAUUGAGGAAAAAGUAAAUAUAAAGACUAUGCUGCAGUUUGCACACAUUUUACCUUGAUAAAGACGCCUGUUUUACCAAAUAUAUGAAUAUACAAAAACAAUAUUGUGAGAAAACUGUGGCUUUCUUGAAGCUUGUAAUGAUGAUGUUAAUAGCUUAAUGUUAUUCAUUUUCUAUAAUGUUAUUAUAAAAACGAAAACUAUUAAAAUAACACAGUUCCUAGAUAUAUAAAGUUUUAUUUUCGAUCAUUUUGGAUUGUGUCAAUAAAAUAUAGUACAUGUAUUUAGGCUGAAUUGUUCCACAAUGUUAUACAGCUUAAUGAAAAAUAUUAUAAAUGAACAUUGUUUGAAUAAAAUUGUAUUCAAUAUUCUGGCAGCGUACAUGCCUUGAUAAUAUCGUAUUUCUAAAAAUUGUUAAAACAUUCGAUUUCGAAACUUAUACAUAAAAUGUUGUAUUAUACAAAUGCACAACACAUUUUUUCGAUUCGACAAUAAUCAAUGGUAAAAUUAUUUAAGCGAUCUUAGUUUUAUAUCAAUGUCUAAAUGUAGGGAGAUCUUAUGUUCAUAUAAACUGUAGGUACAUAUUCUUUCACAGAAUUAAAGAGUUAUGUACAUACCAUUA